CUGCGAUCGACAGCUGUCUCUACUUAGACUCCUAAUUACUCCAUCUCCAUACUCACCAUACUCGACCCUCCUCCAGCGUCCUCCAGAUCCAUUCGCGCACGUGCCCUCCUUCCUCAAGCAUGAACUUCCGACAUUGAAGGAGCCUCGCUGUCGCACGGUCUGCCAUCUUGACCAGAUACUCUACCGUCCCUCGUCUUCUACGACCGCUCCCCUGUCCUUUCUGUCGCCUGCACCCUGACCCUCCUUCGGAGGUGGCUCAGCGGCUGUGAACCAUGGUGCUUUUGCAGUCGAUGUUGGUUCUGCGUAGCAUCUACUCCGAUGUCCCGCCAAAUUACCAGUCCAGAGAGGAUGUCAAUCCCACCCUGCUCAUCUGCUGGUGGGCGACCAUCUUCUCUCUCGUCAUCAUUCUUGUCCGCGUCUGCGGUCGCUAUGUUCGCGUCGAGCGCUUCUUCCGUGAAGACAAGUUGAUGAUGGCCAGCGCCAUUCCUCUGCUCAUCCGCAUGGGUUUUGUUCAUGUCGUUUUGCUCUGGGGCACUAACAAUACGGAAACUGCCGGAUUAUCACCUGACGAGAUUCGACAUCGUGAGAUUGGCAGUCGGCUCGUCCUGGCUGCUCGUAUAUUCUAUGCAGUCUUUAUCUGGACUGUCAAACUCACCGUAUGUGAAUUUCUCAAACGUGUCUCCGGAAUGAUCUGGAGACGAUCCGUCAUCAUCUUUCUCCGACUCAUCUACAUCUUCCUGGCUUCGACUCUAGUGGCAAUCGUCAUUGCAACCCUGGCCGAAUGCCAUCCAUUCACGCACUACUGGCAAGUCGUUCCUGACCCGGGCCCUCAAUGUCGCUCGGGAUAUGCGAACCUGAUUGCCAUGGGGGCUUGCGAUGCCGUGUCCGAUCUCCUCCUGGUCGCCUUUCCGGUCCCCAUUAUCCUGACGGCAAGGAUGUCUUGGAAACGCAAGCUCCUACUCGCAAUUCUCUUCUCCUUCUCCCUUGUUCUCGUCGCCAUUACUUGCUAUCGGGUUCCCAUGAUUAUCUUCCGUAACGGUUCCCAGCAGUUCCGUUCGCUGUGGGCAUCUAUGGAAAUUCUGGCUGCCACUGCCGUCUCUAACGCCGUUGUCAUUGGCUCGUUUGUCAAAGACCGGGGUGUAAAGAAACCCAAGUACAAAAGAGCCAUGGGCACCGCCUCGGUCAGCGAAAGCCUGGACCACAGCUCCCUUGCACGCGCAACUCUGACCUAUCAUCAAUGGGGAAGUGACUCGGACCUGGCUGCCGACCUGGGAAUCCGCCUUCAUCCUAACCUGCAUUUCACCGACCCUGUUACACCGCGUCCCGCUCCAAUCGCAUAUCCCAUCCGUCCCUUUUCAGCGCGCUCUGGAGCGUUGAAACCAAACUGGAACUUCACGCAGCCGCCCUCGGACGACACCGGAACGUCUGCAUCGGUGAGCUCUGACAUGAGGAUCGACCCUCAUGAAUAUAUCGAAACCAACGAAACGUCGCGCCAAGGUUCGCAGGAUCGAGCCGCGCGCUGCGACCGCAAGGUUUCCAUUCUCGACGUAAAAGAAACUUUAGACCCGAGUUCAAGCUCCAGCACCGACUCUCCUCUCAGCCCCACACAGUCCGACCCGGAACCGACUAGUCGUGGCACCCGGCGUUCCUGGAGAGGAAGCAGAGCUUUCCUGCAGGAUAUCGGUGGUCUUCUUGGUUCCGGGGAAUAUCGUCUUCGGACUCUGAGAUCGCCGCAACCCGCAAGCUCUUCUCUUCUCGAAACUCACAACGACGAGAGAAGGUCGGGGUCCCACUCUACGCAGAAUAGCGAUUUUCCAACCCAGGAUAUACUUCCUGACACUAUUGGACCGGUCACCCAUGGGGUUUUUGAAAAGUCUCAUGGAGUUGGCGAGCCUUGAUGGGUGUAUAAUUACCACUGCUAUUCCGCUACAACUUACGACUUACGUGUGCUGGGUGUUCUCUUGGGUCUAUUCUCUGGUUUGUAUUUUUCCUUUUUUCUGGAUCAUCCCUUUUUAAUUUUCUUUUCUUUUUUUUUUUUUUUUCUUGGACUGGUAUUUCAGCGACGGCGUUGGUGUGUCAAUAUAGCAUUACCGAGGAAAGGUAUUGCUUGCUGCCUUUAUGAUAAGGAACUAUUCUCUGGAGAUGUCUGUCAUGAUUAGAGUGUGACGAUGUUCUUUUAAUACCUCCCCUUUUUCCCUUUCCUCUGCCCUGGAAUGGACAUUGUCCAUGUUCUCUUGGACUAUACUAUGAUUUUUCCCCCUAUGAUUGGAUUGGAUGAUACCAUCGACAUUUAAUUGAGCUGGUCUAAUUUUGUGCGUGGUUGGAUCCAGGCCUGGCUGAUAUCUUUUCUAUUUUUCUUCCUCGAGGUCAGAUGGCACACUGAUAUUUUAUAUCUCGCUGCAUUUUUCAUUGUAUCUAUAUCCAUCAAUGACUAUGUCUAUAUCCAACAGC